AUAUCCACAGAAAAACUCAAGGAAAAUCUACAAACUCAACUAUCAGAACUAGAAAGUCUACAGUCAGUAUUCUGCAAUCCAGGAGAGGUGAAAGUGGAGGACAUUUGUACCCUCGCAGAUAUAACAGACUUCGUAGCCGACAAAUCAACAUUUCUACCCCAAUACCUGGAUCUAGUAAUCAAGCUGGUAAUAGAUGAUCUCAAAUUUGAACUCUGCGUCACUCUGCCUCACGAAUAUCCUCACGCUGAACCUGAAAUUUUCAUCCGCAGCCCAGAGCUCAAUCGUUCUACACACAUCCAACUCAACAAGAAUAUCAACGAAUUCAUCACCAGUCAAGAAAAAGGAGAACCCUGUAUAUUUUCGGCAAUAUCCUGGCUGCAGGAUAACGCUGGGAGCUAUGUGUCAGUUAAAGAGGAAACUUCUCCGCAGAAAGAUGCCAAAAACGAGAAAUUCGUGAGAUAUUGGAUUUAUUCGCAUCAUAUUUACAGCAGAACAAAGCGCAAGGAAAUAGUGGAUUUGGCAAAUCAAUUGAGUAUAAGCGGUUUCUGUAUGCCAGGUAAACCUGGCAUCAUUUGUGUAGAAGGAAGCUCCUCCAGUUGUACGGAAUGGUGGCAAUCAAUCAGAUCGAUGACGUGGAAAAAAAUUUUCCUCAAAGUCGAAGAAGAAGACAAAGAACAGCUAGGUCAAGACUUCUUGAAAUUCGACAAAUUCGAAGAAGUUGUAUUCCAAAAUAGUGGCGUCAAAUUCAACCAUAUGGAUAUGGGAGAGUUGCAUAGAUAUCUUGAGAGUCGUGGAGUUGGAUAUAUUUUCAAAGAUUUGUUUGGAGUUGAAGCUAAAUCAAGUUCCCAAUAAUUGAUUUUGUGAUAAUCUAUUAGUGUUGUUUAAAAUAACAAAGGUUUUUUAUAUGUCAUAUAUUUCGAAAGGCAAUAAUUUCAUGUAACUUUAUCAAAAAUAUCUUCAAGAUUAUUGGAUUUGUCGCUGAAUGGUGAAAUUUUAUAGUUUUUUAUUGUUUCUUUCAAGAUUAAACCAAAUGUUUACAUUCA